AUGUCCCAAAAUGAGUUUAUAGACGAUGCGAAUUCUUCAAUAAUAUACGCACCUUCGAAUGUAUGGGAUUUAAACACAAACUUUGCAUCAUUUGGACCACGCAAUGGGACUAUCCACUCCAGUGCUCAGGAAAAUGCAACAGCGACUUUUCGUUUCAAAGGAACGAGUAUAAAAGUAUAUGGACUGCUGUACCCCACUGGAUGCAAUGUGAGCGCGACACUCGAUGGCAGCUCCCUCGGAACGUAUAACCUCGCCGUCGAGACGUCUUCGCUCGCAAAUGUACAGGCCAUAUUCUCCAAGGAUGGAUUGGAUGCGAGCAAGCAGCACGAGAUUGUUCUGACGAAGAUGGCGAAUAAUCCUGGCUGGACGAGUACUGUCAGUGGCGACCCGAACAGUCACCUAAAUCUCGAUGGAUUUGAGGUUGGCGGGUCGGACGGUUCUAACGGAGGUCAAACCACCCCAAAUGGCUCCACACCUCCUUCAACCAGUUCCUCUUCCUCAUCUAAUCCGCCCACCGGAGCAAUUGCAGGCGGGGUUGUCGGUGGGGUACUUCUUCUCGUCGCAUUAGGACUUGCCUUUUGGUUCAUUCGCCGUCGCCGUCGAGCCAAACAACGCGAGGCCGAACUUGUCUUACCGAGUGGCGAAAAGAUAGAACCCAGUAAACCGGAUCCUGAACAGAUGGUGAUUCCCAAUAAACUCGACGGGGAACGGAGGUCACCUCGUGGUCGUGACCUUGAUGGGCUACGGAAAGCUGGGUUUGAUGCAGGCUCUCCCGCGAGCAUCGAGAAUCAUGCACGCACCUCGUUGUUCGAGUUGCCCGGCCAUCGCGUAGUGCAUCUCACUUCGGACGUCGAUGUUGGUGCGUCAACGGCGGUGGAUACAGCAAGCGACCGUUCAAGGGGACGGGCACCUUUUAUCAUUCCCACUGGGGAGAGGAGAAUCGAUGGUGCCCAUAGAUCUGGGAUUGGGUCUGCCGGGGACCCUUCUGUCCCAGCAUCCGUUACAACUGGGACGCUCAUGUCCCAAAGUGUAGCACCAGAGUCGAUCAAUACUUUCCCACUCGAUCAUUCUUCGCAGGUCGAGUCGCUUUCCGGUGGAGGAAGAGCGGAUUCAUCCGUGCUUCCACUCUCGUCUACACUUGGCCCUACUCCAAGCUCGGCCCAAAACGAUUUGUCACGAAAAGACGGCCCACGAAGACAAGGGACGCAACAGGGCCCCCACCAAAGUGAUACAAAAUCCCCAGUCCCGAGUGGCACAGGGUCAAUUGGUGCGACCGACGCGAGUCCGACAAACUUUACAGUGAUGACGAGCGGCUCUUCCGACCGCGUCACCUCUACAGCCAGAUCUGACGCGACAAACACGAGUGCCUUGUUGCAAGAAUUGGCAGGGUUGAGGGAGCAGGUGCGGCAAUUAGCGCAGUUGCACGGUCGUAACGGACCAUAUGACCAACCACACCCGGAUGACCCUCCACCCGAGUAUGAGGGUCGAGAUAGCGACGAGGAGACGGACCUUCAAUCGCCUCUUCGACAGGGAGUAGCACCCCGGCCAAACCCAGCCUCCAACUCGUAG